UCGCCUAAUGUGCAACGCUGGUGCCAAGCUGCCGCGGACAGGACGGAGGAGGUGGAAGUUAAAACCGCGGCUGGAUUUAUCGACACCUUGUUAAGUGACCCACGCUCCGACAUUAUGGUUCGAGCGGGGACCCGGCGGCGUUACCAUGAUGAUGGCAUCUCUGAUGAGGAGAUCGAUGGGAGGAGGAUGUUUGACCUGGAGGAGAAAGUACACAGUCAGAGGUUUGGCUCUGACAGAAUCGUACGCAUGGAGGGCAAAGACUUAACAUACGAGUACAUCCAAAGAGGAGGACUGAGGGAUCCUAUCAUCUUCGAAAAACCUGAUGGACUGGGAAUGAAGAUGCCCGACUCGGAUUUCAGCGUCAACGAUGUCAAGGUCUAUGUUGGAAGCAGGCGCAUGAUCGACGUGAUGGACGUGAGCACCCAGAAGGGGACGGAAAUGUCCAUGGCCCAGUGGAGACGAUACUACGAGACGCCACCGUCUCAGAGGGAGAAGCUUUACAACGUCAUCAGCCUGGAGUUCAGUCACACCAAGCUGGAGAAUCUCGUCAGGAGACCUGCGACGGUUGAUCUGAUUGACUGGGUGGACAACAUGUGGCCACGUCACCUGAAAGAAAGACAGAGAGACUCUACGAACUCUAUCACUGACAUGCAGUAUCCCAAGGUACAAAAGUACUGUCUGAUGAGUGUGCAGGGCUGUUACACAGAUUUCCAUAUUGACUUUGGAGGAACCUCCGUCUGGUACCACAUACUAAGAGGAGGCAAGGUGUUCUGGUUGAUCCCACCCACCCCUCAGAACCUGGAGCUCUAUGAGAACUGGGUGUUAUCAGGGAAACAGGGAGACGUGUUCCUUGGAGACCGGGCCUCAGACUGCCAAAGGAUCGAACUGACGCAGGGCUGUACAUUUAUAAUACCCUCAGGCUGGAUCCAUGCUGUGUAUACACCUGUGGACACACUGGUGUUUGGAGGAAACUUCCUUCACAGUUUCAACAUCCCAAUGCAGCUCAACAUCUCUAAUAUAGAGGACCGCACGCGGGUGCCAGCCAAGUUCCGUUUCCCAUUUUACUAUGAGAUGUGUUGGUACGUGCUGGAGCGCUACGUCUUUAGCAUCACCAGCACUUCCUACCUCACGCCCGAGUUCCAGAAGCACUCGCUGGGCAUCGGUCUUAACAAGCCAUCCACCACAGACCCAGCAGACGGGCUUUUGAAGGAUGGGGAGGAAGACAGUGGUGGUGAUGAAGAGGCCGUGGCCCAGCACUCCAGCGAACCUGGGUCCAAAUCACUUCUGACCCCGUUUGAGCUGGAGGGGCUGUGUAAUCUGCUGGGCAAAGUGGAGACUCUGCCUUCCAAUAAGAAAUGUGUCCCAGCAGGGAUACACAACGCCCCUGCACUACUCAAUCAUAUCAAGGUAAUCUUAAAAGAACAUGCCGAGGAUGAUCCCAACGUGUCCUACACAGGAUACCCCAUUGUCAAGUGGCCAAAGAGGCCGUCGUGGUACCAGCCUCCUCCUCCUCCCCCACCUCCUCCUCGUCCCAAACUGGCCACCACGCCAGUUAUCCCACGACCCCAGAAGCCUGCAUCCUCCAUGUCUGUGCUGAGACGUCGCAGGGUCCGAUGUAAGCGUUGUGAAGCCUGUGUCAGACCAGAGUGUGGAGAAUGUAAUUUCUGCAGAGACAUGAAGAAAUUCGGAGGCCCGGGGAAGCUCAAACAGACCUGUGUGCUACGACAGUGUCUUGCUCCGGGCUUGCCCCUGUCAGCAGUGUGUGAAGUGUGUAAGGAUCCCAACCAGGAGGAAACGGGCGAUCCCUCCCUGACCCUGAUGGAAUGUUCCAAUUGUGCCCAAAUCGUUCACCCAGCCUGCCUAACGGUGCAGGGUGAAGGAGUAAUAAAUAAAGAUUUACCCAGUUGUUGGGAGUGUCCAAAAUGUGUUCAAGGAAUCACUGACCCAGAGCCCAAAGGAGACAAGAACAAAAUGCUGCCCGCGAAGCGAAGGUCUUCAAAUCUGCUGGAUGCUCGCAUUGCGAAGAUUUACAGACGACACAGACACAGCCGUGACGGAGAUGACUCAGUCAGCGACGACGAAGAUGAAGUUUCUCAGAGGAGGAAGCUGGCACUGCAGGCCCGUGGGGGGAGCCACGACUCCAGACGGGGAUACAGCAGCAACAGGAGAGGACUACUGAGGGGAGGCUCCACCCAUAGAGGAAGCAGAGGAGGAAUAGUGACUCCUGGGUCCUCCUCGCUCCUUAAGCUGAAACGAGGAAUGGGGAUGAGGGAUGGGAGGAGAGGAAGAGGGGUGAGGCUGCGGGGGGGCUCCAGGAUGCAGCGGAGGGGGGACCAGUCUGAGGAGUCAGACGAUGAGGACGAUGAUGAUGAUGAUGACGAAGAGGAGGAGGAGGAAGAAGAGGAGAGUGAAGGAGACAAAGAAAGACGUCGACGCCGACGGAGGCACAGAACAGAUGAUGAGGACGAGGAUGAUGAAGAUGAAGAUAGCGAUGGACAGGAGUUUGACCCCGAUGAGGAGGAUAUGGACAUGAUGCAGGAUGAGGAAGAGGAGGAUGAGGACGAGGAAGGGCAUUGGGAUUCAGACCCAGAGCCCCCUGUGCUUUUAGUGUCUGAUCUUAACGAUGACCUUCUAAGUGGCUCCUACCUCACCGUGACACUACAGCGCCCCCACAAGGCCAAGAGACAAUCAGGCUCCAUUGUUCCUAAACUAGAAGCGGCCAUGGGUCCAAGGACUGCCGUAUUGGGAUCCGGCAGCCAGCAAGGUUUUGUCCAGCGCAAGUCUGCUCUCUCUAAACCCUUCCGACUGAAAAGCCAUGACGGCACCCUGGACUGUGUACCAACAACCAGAGGGCCUGGCAGGCCACGUCUUCGAGGAAAUCCUCACCACGGUGACAGAAGCAUGAAAGACCGGUUCGCCUCUUCAUCUUCAGAUGACGAAACUCCAGUUCCUCAUGCCUCCUCGUCACUCUCUCCUCCUUCCCUCCUGUUGCUGCCCUCUUUUAAAGACGUAGGGAAUGAGAAAGGAGGAGAGAAGGAGGUGUGGGUAGCAGUGUUCAGAUAUCUAAACAGAGCAGAGCUGCUGGCCUGCAUGACGGUCUGUAAGGCCUGGUACAAGUGGAGCUGUGAUAAGCGUCUGUGGAGUCAUGUGGAUGUGAGCAGGUGCAGCCCUCUCAGUAACCAGGCCUUGGCAGGCAUCAUUAAACGCCAGCCUAGUUCUCUAGAUUUGUCCUGGACUCCACUCGCAAAGAAACAGCUCAACUGUCUGCUCACUAGGCUACCAGGGCUGAGGGAACUGAGAGUGACGGGUCUGUCCUGGUCCUGUCUGUCAGCGAUGGUCUCUCCAACUCUGCCCUGCCUCCGGUUGCUGGAUCUGCGCUGGUGUGACGGCAUCAGAGACGCCCAGAUUAAAGAUAUCAUCGUCCCGUCUGGCUCAGAGUCCUCCCGCAGCCGGCUCAGGAACAUGCAGACUCUGCGCUUGUCUGGUCUAGACGUCAGCGACUCCACUCUGAGAUUCCUACAGCGACACAUGCCCCAGCUGGAGCAGCUCGACCUCGCCCACUGUAAGGAAAUCACAGACGCCUCCAUCACCCUGCUGGCCGCCCCCGGAACACACACCCGCAGCAACCUCACGGAGCUCACACUGGCCGGUUGCUGCCAAUUGACAGACAGCUGCCUGUCCUACCUGAAGCGUAUCUCCUCCGUGACCCUGCUGGACCUGAGAGGCUGUAAGAACAUCAGCCGGCGAGCCUGCGACGCCUUCAUUUCAGACCUCUCCCACAUCACUCCAUACUGCAUGACAGAGGAGAAACUCAUCCAGCGAAUAGACUAACGCAAGCAGCCUUUAAGUC